UUUUAUUUUCUUAUUAUUCCUGGCGUUUCACAAUUUGCUAAUCCGUUAAAUGCCGCGUAAUCAAACAGCGUAUGCCAGCUAUUUUCAUUUUCAUUUGCAUACUUCCGUUUACGAUUUUCCUCAUUCGAUUCGAACGACGUACUCCUUUGAUUUGUUAAUAUACUAUAUAAUAUUACUGUUUAUCAAGAAUAUACUAAGCCAUGGAAAUGAUCCUUCCAUUAUCAUCAGAGGUACCUUAACAAAUUCGUCAUAUUUCAUAAUGUUUUCAAAGUCGAUUACAUCUUUAUAUAGUAUUGCCAGAUAUUGAGGUAACAUAUGAUUACGUGUCGAUGCACUGUAUGUAUAGGCAUGUAGGGGUAAUAUCUGGUAUAUCCUACUUUUAUUUUAUCACGAAAUUUUUCCACCGUUCGGCGGAAAAUCAAUGGCCGUUGACAUCUGCAGGAUUGUAAAUGACAUUCCGCGAUUAUCAUAUCAAACCCGCAAGACGCGACAGCUGAUUGCGCAUGUAAUACAAAUACUACGUUUACUGCAGCUGAUUUUCUGCACGAAUAAUGAUUGCUUCGGUUGUAUUAAUAUAAAAUAUUUAUUAAAUGUUUUGAUUGUUUAAUGAAAAACAUAACGAAUGGAAAUAUGAUCGACAAUCAAUUUUAUAAACGCAAUUCUACAUUAAAAGGAAUUUUUUUUAACAGUUGCUAAUAUUUAUGCUUAUUGUUAAUGCUUUACUGUUUAAUUUUCUUAUUUUAAUUUUUAACAUGCGUUAUAUUGCAAUGUCUUUAAUUUUGCUUGUAAUAAAAAAAUCAAAGAGCGUUCAAGAAACUCAAGAAACGUCACGGUUCUAUCAAUGCCGAUCGACUCUCAUCGUGUUUCAUUUGCUGAUAUUUUUUUCUGAAAUGUAAUUUUUACAAAAUAGAUAGCACAUAUUUAAUUAAUUACAAUUAGCACUGACUAACGUUAUCGUAAUUCGUAACAUGAGAAAAUCGAAUUGUCGGUCUACGGUUCUGCAAGUUACAAAUCACGACACGAAGUAGUUUUCCCAUGCACCAGCGAGUAUCGUUCGGUUCACGUAAAAACAUAUGUUUGCGAGUCAGAUGGCUUUGCGAGCAAUUUAGCGAGAUACGAGUCGUGCUGAAAUGUCCAAGAAACAACGCCGAUUCGUUGGCGAAGUAGAAACGCGGUACCUCGCUGCAUUUUGCGAUGCACCGGAUCUGUACGUGCUACGUCGAUUCCGCCAAUAUAGCCUACGCCGCGGGAUAUACGGCAAAUAAACAUAACGAAUAUUUUGACGUGUGAAUUUUUAUUUUACUGCGUCGCACAUGACUCUGUCAUCUAUUGAUUCGUGAACAGCUGGAAACGAGGAGUUCUUCGAAAAAUAAUGCAUGAGCUCGAACUUGACUUACUGACCUAGACCGAAAUAAUCCACUCUAAAUUGCGUCAAGUAACUGCAGUUUCGUAAAAAAAAAAAAAAAAAAAAAAAAUUUAACGCAAUUCUAUGUCAACUGACACAGUUUUGAAAAAAUAAAAAAAAAUAAAGGAGAAAUACGAUCAAAAAUUUUGAGAUUAAAGAUAAAAUUAUAUAUGUAUUAUAAUUACAAAAAUUAUAUCAUUAUGUAUCACAUAUGUAUUUUGAAUUCUGUAUUGGAAAAUAAUGCCGACAAUGUUUCGCCAUUCUUUCCAAAUGUGUAUAUAUUCUAUGCUUUUUUUCUCAACGUGAUAGGAACAAUCAAUAUGAGUCUAGCUUUCAUUUCGCACCGGCGUAUUCUCGCACAAGGAUACCGCAAGAGUUCCGCAUAUCGCGAAGGCUAUCCUGAUUUCUUUGGAAAGGACAGCAACAAGCGAAUGAUUAGCUCUUUAUAUUGAAAAAAAAAAUAGUCUGAUUUAUAAUUUAAUUUACGUUGUAUAUCGUAUGCGACAUAAAAUUAUUUUAAAAUCAAAUAUCAGAUAUACGAUGACCUUAAAAUAUAGGAUAAUUUUCAAUCUCUGUAAAUUUUCUUAUGUCUUUCAAAUUAUAGUUAAAAACAUAAAGCCCCAUGACAGUGGGAAAUUCUGCCAUCACUUGCAAUGAUAAAUGCGUGUGACGUUGCGGAGGCACGGCACCAACGCGAUGUCUUCGUCACGCGGCGAAAAUAAUUCAAACGUGGACUUUGCACCGCGUCGCACAAUACGGGUUUGUGGUGGUAAAUUUUAAAACGCACCAGCGCGAGAUGAUUGUUGGACUAUGUACUGGAACUUUCAGUUUGUUCGUUGCGUAAACGGCUCGUUUUAAUAGGACUUGGUUAAUCAGGUAGCUCGUAAUAAUUCAUUUACAAGUCGAAAAAUAAAAAAAUAGAGCGCUACCGGCCAAAUAAUGCUAUCCAUCUCUCGUGAAUUUACGUUUUAAAAAAAUAAGAGGCUCGAAGUUCGCUGACGCGACCGUUUCCUCAAUUGAAUAGCAAAUAACUGCAUACUCACGAUGCAUUGAUUUCAUUGUAUAAUUGCUCGUUUAAGCUCAAUAGUGGCGGAUCAACCAGUCGCGAUUGAUAUUCAAUAGACGUUAUUCUACAAAGUAAAAUGAUCGGACAAAGUCUACCGCGCGAUCGCGCUUCGUCGCGUUCUUUGAACUCCUACUCGUCACCCUACCAUUUAUUUAGUCUACUUAUACAUAUUUAUCAAUUUACCGCGACGUAGAUAUGAAUGUACGAUCGUUGCUACUCCAAUUAUUUUUGUGGUAUUUUGUACAAUGCCGCAUCCAAGCACAAAUAAUGCCGAAGCGAACAAAUGACGUAACGUACGAGAAAUGCGUGUCGCUUAAGCGCCGAGAUGUUAAUCACUAUAAAUUAUAAUCACGAAUUAAGACACUUCCCCGAGCUUCUCUCCUCGGCAUUGGCAAGUCACCAAGCUUCUCUUCGACCAAAGUUCUCUCGCUCAUCUACGGCAAUCUAUUUCGGUAUACCCGCGGGCGUGCCGUGGCCAAGAGUCUUUCUUUCGGGGGCAGAAACGAGGAUACGCCCGACGCGGUAUUACGCUUAUACGACACGAUCGUGGGAAAUCCGUCGUCGACGUAAUUUCGAAAGAAGAAUAGUAUGAAUAAAGAAGUUCACUAUCAGGAAAUCAAACACGAGUGCCCGCGAUCGGGAGGGCUCCACGCGUAUCCCGAUCACUUCAGGGAAGCAUAUCUUUAAGACCAGUUGGAUUCAUGAACUCCUGAAGGUUUCUGGUCCUCUGGUAGGACUUUGUAUAUAGUGUACAUAAUAGAACCGCUUGCUUAACAAAAAAGGGAUCCCGCUGAAACGGAACAAGCGAGCUCGAAGGAUCUUUACUGUCACGCGAGGAAAAAUUAGCCGGAAAUUUAUCCAAGAAUCCUGCACACUAUUCUCCACGAGGCGUCCACACGCGCACCUUUAACAGCACGCAUCAGCAGCAUAUAGGAGGGAGAGAAUCUAUAGAAGAGAAAAAAAGGAGUGACUCGAACAGCGAAAAUCAUGAAGCAAGGAAUGUCGGACGACUUUUCAAUUGGCGUGAAAUUACUUACCGCGGGCAGCGCGGCCUGCAUCGCUGAUUUAGCCACCUUUCCGUUGGACACCGCCAAAGUCAGAAUGCAGAUCGCGGGGGAAGGCCAAGCCAUGUUGCUGACAUCAGCGGAAGGGUCGGUCCUUGCAGUAAAAACGAACCAACCUGGAUUGUUCCAAACCAUUGCGAACAUCGUCAGACACGAAGGCGCAAGGAAGCUGUAUGGAGGUCUAUCCGCGGGACUCCAGAGACAGAUGUGUUUCGCCGGCAUACGGUUGGGCCUCUACGACAGCGUGAAGUCACUCUACGCUGGAAUCUUCGACGAUAACAAUAAGAGCGGUACGUCGUUGAACAUCGGCGUACGCGUCUCCGCAGGAAUCACGACAGGCGCUUUGGCGGUGAUGAUCGCUCAGCCGACCGACGUCGUCAAGAUUCGUAUGCAGGCUGGAAAUAAUGGGCGAUCAUCGGUGAGGUACACCUCGACUCUGCAGGCAUACAAGAACAUCGCCAGGGGAGAAGGCGUGAAAGGUCUUUGGAAAGGAACCAUACCAAACAUCUCGCGGAACGUUAUUGUCAACGUGGCGGAGAUAGUCUGUUACGACAUCAUCAAGGAUCUCAUCCUGGCCAGCGGUUAUCUUCGCGACGGGAUACCGUGUCACUUGACCGCCGCGACGGUCGCUGGACUCUGCACCACCCUGGUCGCAAGCCCCGUGGACGUCGUGAAGACGCGUUACAUGAACAGCGCCGCCGGCGAGUACAAGGGCGCGAUAGACUGCACUAUCAAGACCUUCGUCCAGGAAGGCCCGUCCGCGUUCUACAAAGGCUUCGUGCCGAGUUUCUACCGCCUAGUAUCCUGGAACAUCGUACUGUGGGUGACCUACGAGCAGAUGAAGUUGCACCUGAAGAAGUUACACGGCAUCGAGUAAUGCGGUUCUCGAUUACCCAGGCCAAUUAUUCUGCUGACUCGGCACGAAUGUAUAACCCAUUGUAAUCUUUUACGUGUUAUCAAAAUUACCUUAUCAAAAUUCAUAUUUCCGUAGAAGAUUAGCGUUCGCUUAGGACCUAAGAUAAAUCGUGUGAACCAAAUGUGGAUAAAUGGAAGCUUGAUAUUCCGCCGUAAGAUGCAAAUUCAGCCGAUAAUGAUGAAUAUCCUCGUGUUACUGCUUUAUUUUCGCUUUUCUAAAUGUGCGCGAGUGUGCACAUAUCGGUGUUUAUCGAAUUAUUAAACGAGAGAUUGAUUAAUUGUUAAUCAACAAAAAUUAUUUGCACUGUUGGAAGUAAUGAUUAGUAUAAUAGGAACCGUGCUACAAUCUCAUUCGGUUUAUUCUAGUUUUUGCGUAUAUAAACGCACGCGCGCAUGCACACACACACACACACCAGUAGAAACAGUAACAAUUUCUUGACAAUUUGUAUGAAACAAAUUUGGAUUACGCAAGCUUUAUAUGUUUAUAAUAAAGCGUUAGGCUAUUUUUCGGUGAGGUGGAUUAUACAAUGACUACACACAUCGUUAAUGCGCCAAAGAGACAAUAAUGUUAUCGAAGUUCAUUCCGAUGUCUGUGCUUAAAUUUAAAUAGAGUCUCAUGAAAACUGUGAUCACAAACUAAUGAAUCCUCUUUUUCACUUUAAUCAACUAAUUUGUGAAUGUAAGAAUAAUUUUUUUCCAUGUAUAAUCUCGACUCAGUCAAUUAACAUUAUACAGGGCACAAUUUUACGUCGUAAUUUCAUCGACGAAUUUUUUUAACUAUCAAUUGUUGUACGAGUAAUUUAGCCUGCGAGGAGCAGCGAUGAAAAUCCUCCAUUACGAAAAAAUUUAUAUAUUGUAGACAUUUGUUAUUUAUAAUGAAAUACAAUCAUUGCCAAAUUUCAUAGAA